GGCUGGCGUGGGUUUUUAUCACGAUUCCAUAAAAAAAAAACAUUCCAAGCAUCAGAAUAAGAGGGGGAAAAACCCACAAGAUUGUUUACGAGUGUAUGAAAAUUCUCUCUCGUGACGAAGGGGUUGCAGGUGUCGCCGUAAAAGCGUCUGCCUUUUCAUUCCAUUUUUCUUGUUUUUUGUGGUAUCGAACUGGGGGAACAAAACUAGCUAUUUACGGCACACAGGCAUCACACGUAAGUGUACGUGGGAAGGUGGGUUUUGUACGCAAGCGCUUUCCAAGAUUUUUAACGAGUUGAGACCAGCCAUUGGAGUCUACCUGGGAUUGCUGCUGUUUGCUGAUCAAUUUUGACGUGUUAUCCUUUAUUUUCGUGUGAUAAUUACCAGGAAAAUCGACCAAAAAUGGGUAACGAGAGCUCCCUACCCAUGGAACUCUGUUCAAACUUUGAUGCUGAUGAAAUAAGGAGAUUGGGAAAGAGGUUUAGGAAAUUGGAUCUUGAUAACAGUGGUGCGUUAAGUAUCGAUGAGUUUAUGUCAUUACCAGAAUUACAACAAAAUCCACUUGUACAACGUGUCAUUGAUAUAUUCGAUGCUGAUGGCAAUGGGGAAGUGGAUUUCAAGGAGUUUAUUCAGGGAGUAUCGCAAUUCAGUGUCAAGGUAAAAAAAGGUGAUAAAGAAAGUAAAUUACGGUUCGCAUUCAGAAUUUACGAUAUGGACAAUGAUGGAUUUAUUAGUAAUGGUGAAUUGUUCCAAGUAUUGAAAAUGAUGGUAGGAAAUAAUCUUAAAGAUACUCAAUUACAACAAAUUGUCGACAAGACAAUACUUUUCGCCGAUAAGGACGAGGAUGGAAAAAUUAGCUUCGAAGAGUUUUGUUCUGUGGUCGGUAACACUGAUAUUCAUAAGAAGAUGGUGGUUGAUGUAUAAUCAAUCAAACUAUCCUAGAUAAAAAGAAAAUGAAAAAAAAGGAAUGUUGAAGAAAUGCUGAGCGUUGAUGAAACUUCGACUUCAUUACUGCAUUAAAUAGUUUAUAAGAACCCAAAAAACAAAAUAAGCUAUAGAUUCACUCGAUAAUUAUAAAAGCAAAGAUCUGUUUAGAUAAACGAAAAGGGAAAUGAUAAAACUAAAGCUAGAAAAAUUCUCGAUACAUUUUUAUCAUAAAUUAUUUCUCACUGACUAAAAAUAUACUCUUUUUUCCAUUUCACCAGAGCACAAAGAAAUGUUUCUGAUUAAAAUAAUCGUAAAAAUACUUAUCGUGUUGAAUAUUGUGCAAUUGCUAGGAAAAACAAAUGUUUUAAGAUCUUUACUCCCUUAUUUUUCUUCUCUUCUGUUAUUUAUUAUUUAGUUUAUUCCUGUAAAUUUUUUGAAAAAUAGAGUACAUACUUCUUAAUUCUAUUUAGGAAUAAUUUACAGUGCAAAUGUUUUCCGAACAGUCAAAGAUAAAUAACCAAAUGGAUGAGAAGGGAGAAAAAAGUGCUCCAAAUGUUCAUUAUCAUUGUUUAAUCUUAAUUAGUAACGGUAAGCCACUGAAGGCCUUGGUACUUUCGAUAAUUUUGUUCAUUUUUAUCAAUAAUGAUUUUUUUUUCUUCAUUCAAUGGUGAGAAAAUAUGGAAAAGGAAGGAAGAAAAAAAAAGUAAUAAAACUACCGAGACGUUUAAAAUGUCCUGGUCAAAUGUUUAUUGAUUGUAUACAUAUUUAAAUUGAGUUAUUAGGUAACACAAUUACACACGGAAGAAUAGAAAAAGGGAGAAAACAAAUGAAAUUUACUGCGUGAAAAUUUUGAAAAACACGAUAAAAUAAAAACAAAAUAAAAAGUAUGCAAAGACUGAAAUUGAACAUGAUGAAUUCUACAGGAUGUGUAAUUGUGUUCAGAUAACUAAUUUUACUCGUCGUGUGUUAUUUGUCUCUUUUGUCUAAUCAAAGUUAACAUAAAAAAAAAAUAUGAGAAAAAGUAAUUUAAAUAUUAAAUACAUGAAUCUUGA